AUGGACGAGCCUAACGCGACCGUGCGGCCCAAAGUGGGCACAAAGGAAAAGAGCGUGGGUUGGUACGACAAGGACUUCCCCGGCAUAGAGCCUGCGGCCCGCAAGCUUCUCGAGGAAUACUCAAAGAUUCCUCCGGAGGAGGUUGACCAGUAUGUGAUCGCAAUGCGCGACAAGGCAUGGGACAUCUUCCCCUACCCGUGCAUUGGGCAGUUCCGCUUCCUCAACCUCAGCCUGAGCAAGAAGCCCUCGUACGCGAGUGUCUUGUCACGCAUCGGGGAGGGGGCGACGUACCUCGACAUAGGCUGCUGCAUCGGCCAGGACAUCCGCAAACUGGUGCACGAUGGCGCACCCAGCGAAAAUCUGCACGGCGCGGAACUGCAAGGGGAAUUUAUUAGGCUCGGGUACGAUUUCUUUCGAGACCGGGAAACCCUCAACGCCACGCUGGUGCAGGCCGAUGCGUUCGACCUCGGCGAGGGCAGCCCCCUGAGCGGGCUGGUGGGUAAAGUAGACAUUAUUCACAUGGGCCAGGUUGUGCAUUUAUUCGGCUGGGACAGGCAGCGCGACCUGCUUGAGAAUUGUGUGAAGCUGCUCCGGCCUGCGUCAUCUGGCGCCAUGAUCCUCGGUCAGGCGGUGGGGGAUGUGGAGGGCGGGAUGAAGCCCGGAGGACAUAUCUUCAUCCAUAGCGUCGAGACUUUCAACAAGAUGUGGGUUGAGAUAGCGGAGCGCACAGGGCUGAAGUUCAAUUGCAGGGCGAUUCUCGACGAGGGCUUGGGAAUUGCUGAGUCGAGACGGGGUUGGGACGCGGCUAGUAGAAAACGGCUGUCAUUUGAAGUUGAACGAGUCAAUUGA